UUGGGGUGUUCUUUUUGAGUAAUUCCAUCCGUUACAUGUAUGCUUUAUGUGAGAUGUAUUAGGUGAGUCUCUUUACUUGACCUGUCUUGUAAUAAAAUAAUAUGGGGCGUGUUACUUUUUAUUCUGCUAUAUCGGUUACCAAUCUGUUAUUUAACAACGUCCAUCCACUAGUGUAGACAUUGUGAAAAUGAAAGUCAGUCGGCAUCAAAGCCGUUCAUUGUGAAACUAUGAAGUUUGAACUCUGGUAUAACCCACGCAUAGCACAGAGCUCCCUAUACGGUAGAGGAUUAUUGUCUUCAGCAUCCUGGGGCCACGCGUUAGGCUUUCAGAAUCACCAUGUGCUCUGUUUACUCCAUAGGAAACGUUCACCUGGAUUAUUGAGCCUCUGUCAUUUGUUCUCUUUCAGGGCUUCAUGACCAGCUAACAGCGCUCCGCCAUUGCUUGUAAAAAGUCACCAAAGAGUCAUUUCUUCAGAUCCAUUAACCGUGAAUGCUGAGCUCCAAAUGAUUAUAAGCACUCCCCAGAGACUGAGCGCGGGAGCAGAUCUUCUCAUAGGGAGGCAGUUCACCGCGGCCACCUCCGCCAUGGUCACUCAGAGUCACAUCACAGAUGCCACCAGCUGGAUUCCUGGGGAUCGGAAGCGAACUCGUGAGUUUAUAGAGUCUGACUUCUCAGAAAGUAAGAGAAGCAAGAGAGGGGAGAAGAGCGGGAAGGGUCUGCGACAUUUCUCUAUGAAGGUUUGUGAGAAGGUGCAGACCAAAGGGACCACGUCCUACAAUGAAGUGGCAGAUGAACUGGUGGCUGAGUUUACCAGCUCUGCUGGACAGCUACCCUCCGACUCUGCCUAUGACCAGAAGAACAUUAGGCGGAGGGUUUACGACGCUCUCAAUGUGCUAAUGGCCAUGAAUAUUAUCUCUAAAGAGAAGAAGGAAAUAAAAUGGAUUGGUUUGCCAUCCAACUCCGUUCAGGAAUGUGAGAAUUUAGAGAUAGAGAAACAGAAGAGGAUAGAGCGUAUCAAGCAGAAGAGUGCUCAGCUACAGGAACUGCUGCUACAGCAAAUCGCUUUCAAGCACCUUGUUCAGAGAAACCGGCAAAAUGAACAACUGAAUCAGAUCCCUCCCGCUGUAAACUCCACCAUCAAGCUGCCAUUCAUCAUUGUGAACACCAGCAAGAAGACGGUCAUAGACUGCAGUAUUUCUAGUGACAAAUUUGAAUAUCUCUUUAAUUUUGACAAUGCCUUUGAAAUACAUGAUGACAUUGAAGUUCUGAAGAGGAUGGGGAUGUCCUUUGGGUUGGAAUCUGGAAAAUGCACAUCAGAAAACCUUAAACUUGCCAAAUCCUUUGUACCAAGAGCUCUGGAAGGAUAUGUGACAGACAUGGCCUCAGGGACAUCUUGGGCAGACCAAGGACUUCCUUUUAAUACAUCUCAGACGGCCUCUGCAGCACAUUCUGCUAGCACUACUACUUACUCACAAUCCAGCGUGAACCCAGGAUUGUUUUUUGACACUGACAUUUCUUUGACCAACAGCAGCCACCACUCCAGCUCCGGAACGUCCCACUACACAGAAUCUCGAGGGGAAACACCUUGUUCUUUCGAUGAUGAAGAAGAUGAUGAAGACGAUUCUUCCUCCCUGGAAUAAAAUGGCAAGUGCGAUGAGGACACGUCCGAAUGUAUGUGAACGCACAUACCCAUAGUUUAGUCUUCCAACGCAGUGUUUCGAUGGGAGAUCACAUCGGGAUCAACAAAGAUUAUAAUUUUUUUUUUUUCAAAAUGGAAACAUGCUGUGGACACUCAUAUAUUUCAUGAUGGCGUCUUGCCAGCUGAGAGGUGACUACGUUUGCUCCAAUAAUGCUGUUUUGAUUGUUGGGCUUUUAGACACUGUGUGCAAGGAUUAUGCACCGGGUAUGACAGAGGACCUGUAUGAGCCUGCAGACUGUCGGAGCCAUCACCCCACUGCCUUUGGAUAAAAAUGCAUCUUUUUUGUAUAUUUCCUAUCUUAAGCUUGAAGCCACUUAAGUAACACACAACUCCAGCUAAGCUAGAAGCGACGCCUGCCAACGAUCUGUGGGAAAGAUGCUGCUAUGUUCUGAUUGCUGCAGUUUUUGAGAAAAUCAGAGGAUAUUUCUUUCUAAAGCAGAGCCUGCUUUGUACUCAAAGGAUUUCUAGCGCCAUCCGUAGAGAAAAAGGGAUCACUGUGAUGGAGAAUGCCGUCUUUUUUCUUUGCCAUUAUCUGUCAUAACCAUUUCCAAUUUUAUUUUAUUUUUUUGUUAUUUUGAUAAUGAGGUAACAUCACAAUGGACAACCUUUCAUCCAUUUUGUAACAAGUGUAAUGUAUGAUAUCUUGCCAUGUCCCCGGUGCUGUUUUCUAUGUAUUAUCACCCCUCCUACCCCAGAACUUAUUUUUGUAAUAUGAAGGGCAGUUCCACUUAAGGGCAAUUUUCUGGUCUUGACAGGUGAACAUUGUCUGAGUCCACAUAUAUGGAUGCCUCCACUAUAGGUGAAAAGUUAGUAUAAUCCUGCAUGGGCUUAAUUUAGACCAAAUCUCUUCCUGACAUAUACCCCACCACAAGAGUUAAAGGGAACCUGUCACCAUGAAAAUGCAAUUCAGUCUGUCAAUACAAUGUUAUAGAGGAGGUUGAGAGAUAGUUUUGUGGGUAAAGAGUCAGGAAAACGUGAAUCUCUGCUAAUUCUGGGCUUAGGAGUCCAGUGGGCAGUUGGACCGCCCACUGGACUCCUAGGCAUGGAAGGUGCAGGGGUUUUAAUCAGUAAAUUACAUAUUAUCCAUGAUGUUCAAUAACAUUAUAUAUCAGUCUGCUCAACUCCUUCUGCUCUAUAACAUGAUAUCCAUAGAUCAGACUGUAUUAUUCAAGUGUGGAAUGUUUUCUUUAAAGAGGAUA